AGUGGAUCGAGAUGUUGCGAAUGAGUCAUUUCACAGAAACUGGAACAGGGCGACUGUUGUGGCAGUUUCUUAUUUGUCUUCGUUUUAGAAUUACAUUUAAAGUAACUACCGCUACGAGAUUAAAACAUGCUACAAUUCAGGUCUUUCGUAGUGUUAAAGGAAUUGUUUCAGUCCAGUUUAAAUCGUCCUUUGCCGGGUAUUGGUAAAAAUAAAACGUUAGCAGUCUCCUACUGCUUUAGUACUGCCUGCCCCGAUCUCAAAGUGGUGUCUAAAUUCAAGUACCACCACGCCGGGCGGUACAGACAAUUGCUUCAGCCGUCAGCCUGGAGCAGAUCCCUGGGAACCGGCUACAUGGGUUUGUGCACCAAAUCGGAAGACGUGGUAUCUGCUAAUCAGCAGCAAAAGCUUGAUAAUAUUAGCAGCAAAGAAGCAGCUUCAGAAAAGAGAAGAAAAGCAGGUAUUUUGCCCAGCCUAGAGGAUCUCCUGUUCUACACAAUUGCAGAAGGACAAGAAAGGAUCCCUGUUCAUAAGUUUAUCACUGCUUUAAAAGCUACAGGAUUGAGAACUGGAGACCCAAGGCUGAAGGAAUGCAUGGAUGUGCUGAGACUGACCCUUCAGAACACUUCUGAUGGAGUGAUGCUUGACAAAGAGCUCUUUAAAAAGUGUGUACAGAGCAACAUUGUGCUGCUGACUCAGGCUUUCAGGAAGAAAUUCGUCAUUCCAGAUUUCGUGCCUUUCACUUCACACAUCGACGAACUCUACGAGAGUGCCAAAAAGCUGUCUGGAGGGCAGGUUGCCGAUUAUAUUCCCCAGCUUGCCAAGUUCAGUCCGGACUUGUGGGCAGUUUCUCUUUGCACAGUGGAUGGACAAAGGCAUUCGGUUGGAGAUACGAAGGUCCCAUUUUGCCUGCAGUCCUGUGUGAAGCCUCUAAAGUAUGCCAUUGCUGUGAAUGACCUUGGCACGGAGUAUGUACACAGAUAUGUUGGUAAAGAGCCCAGCGGAUUACGAUUCAACAAACUGUUCCUGAAUGAAGAUGACAAGCCUCACAACCCCAUGGUGAAUGCUGGAGCGAUCGUGAUAACUUCCUUGAUAAAGCAGGGGGUGAGCAAUGCAGAGAAGUUUGAUUAUGUGAUGGAUUUUUUAAAUAAAAUGGCUGGUAAUGAAUAUGUUGGCUUCAGUAAUGCAACGUUUCAGUCUGAACGGGAAACUGGAGAUAGGAAUUUUGCUAUAGGCUACUACCUAAAAGAGAAAAAGUGUUUCCCAGAAGGCACAGACAUGACUGGAGUGUUGGAUUUUUACUUCCAGCUGUGCUCCCUUGAAGUGACCUCUGAGUCAGCCAGUGUAAUGGCAGCGACAUUGGCCAAUGGUGGAUUCUGUCCAAUUACUGGAGAACGAGUGCUGAGCCCUGAGGCUGUCAGGAACACGCUAAGUUUGAUGCACUCGUGUGGCAUGUAUGACUUUUCCGGGCAGUUUGCUUUCUACGUGGGACUUCCAGCUAAAUCUGGUGUUGCCGGUGGUAUUCUACUCGUUGUACCCAAUGUGAUGGGUGUCAUGUGCUGGUCGCCUCCACUGGAUAAACUUGGCAACAGUGUCAGGGGCAUUCAGUUCUGCACAGAUCUGGUAUCGUUGUGCAAUUUCCACAAUUACGACAAUCUGAGGCACUUUGCAAAGAAACUUGACCCCCGCAGGGAGGGUGGGGACCAAAGGCAGCAUCCCAAAGGACCAAUGGACUAUGAAAGUCUUCAGCAAGAGCUAGCUCUUAAAGAUACUCUGUGGAAAAAAGUGUCACCUGAGUCCAAUGAGGACACAUCUACAAGUGUAGUGUAUAGAACGGAAAAUGUGGCGACCGCAGCUAAUGAGAGGGGUCUCGUUUCAAAAUGCUUGACAUCUCUAGUUCACUAAACCAGUUUUAAAAAGUAUUUAUUCCAUUUGGGACUUGUAGGUUAUUGUAAUUAUUGUAUUGUGCAACACUGUGUACACCUCUCUUGCUUGCUUACUUGCACUUAUUAUAUAUGUGUGCUUUAAUUGUGUAAAUACAUCUGAAUACCAAAGACCAGGAGGAAAGUUGGAGCUUACAAUGUGUGUUAUCCCAAUUGUGCUUUAAGUUAUUAAAGUUUGUAAAUGGUGUAAUACAUUUACACUUAUUUUAAGAACACAACCCAAAGAAAGGAAAGGUAUAUGAAGUAAGUGCAUUAUAGGAUAAUUCACAUUAAUCUUGAAACUAGUGUUAUUAUCCAUAAUAUUGCACAUGUUUCUGGUUUAUUUUUAUUGAUUCCAUAUUUAUUUAUAAGUUAUUUCAUGGAGAAUAGGGUUACAGUUUUUCAACUACUAGAAAAUAGGUCUUAAAGCACAGGGGUGUGCAAUUCAUACUGCCCGACACCUGGAUAACAGGAUUUAUGUGAGGGACAAAGCUAGCUGUGGAAAAAGCUGAUCUUCUAUUGGUUACAAAGAAGCCCAGAAAUGGCUGCCAAGGGACAGACUAAUCUUUUAAACUGAAGGUAUUAAUUACGUUUUUUGUAGCAAAUCAGUGAUACUGCUUUCUUAAUACACAAACCAAACAUUUAAAUUCAGCAAUCUAGUAAAGUUUAAAAAGAAAAAAAGAAAAGAAAAGAAAAAAAUUGUCUUUGCAGAAUUUGAUGGAGCCAACUGUAAAUGUUGCAUGCAUUUUAUUAGAAAAACUGACCAGUUAUUCAAUAGUCCUUCAUAAAUCUGGGGUUCAGCAGUUACAAAACUGAAAGAACGUCAAGAAAAAUCAGAAUUCCACAAAGCAGCAGUAAUAGUUGGCAAUGAUUUCUUAUCUGUGAUGCAACAAACUAAAUAAAACACCUAUACAUCAGGAGAUGGAUUCAGCUUAUAGCGAAAGUGGGGGGAAAAACAGACAGAAGCUAUUUUUAUAUUUGAAUAAAUCCCAAAUAUUGCUUAUUAUAGUUGUACCCUUAGUAUGUUACUUAAAUUGACUAGCACAUGUGUUCUAAACUGUACUGAAAGGAUCAUUUCCUUAAAGUAUGUUAUACAUUUGUUGGAACCUUUGUGUAUCUUGAAGAAUUUAGUGAACAGGUCAAGCUACAAGGCUGAUUGAUUGAUUGUGUUCACUGUUAAAUAAAACCAAAAUCCUCCAAGUUCUGUUCUGCAUUUUUGUGUGAGCUUUGUGCGACGGGGAGGGGGCAAGUAGAUUUUUAAGAAGGACAAGUAGAUUUUUCUAGCAUUUUGUCCCUUGGACAAGGAGUUUUUUUCCAAAAAUUGCACACCCCUGAAGCAGUUUUCUACUCAAAGGGAAAAUCUUAUAUACUUUCCUUGUAUAGCAUCAGUAUUUGCUAUACCUACGUUAAAUAUUUUAAAAUAGCAGCCAUUUGCACAAAAUGUUUUCUCGCAUGCCUUUGUUUUAAACUUGCAGCAUAUGCAGAGGGUCCUUAUAGGAGGUACUGUAAAUCCAGUACAUUGCUUUAGACAAUGCUAUAGAGGUCCUAAAUGUGCUGCAGGGUAUUAUGCACCUGAUAAAUGUACUUUCUCUAGACUUUGUACAAUGAGAAAAUAAUAAUUCAAAUCAUGCAGAAACAUCCUUUCUGCUGUUCAUGUGGAAGAAAUAAAAACUGACUUUGUAUAUAAAACAUGAAUACCGUGAGAUCAUUGUUUUGUAAUUUCAGUAUACAGAAAGAGUUAUUAUUCUAACUUUUGUGUGUGUGUGUGUAAAAGAAGCACAACUAUAUUCUUUUUUUUCAAAUGUAAUUGUUUUAAUAUAGUAGGUUUUUCUGUUACCAGUAUAGGAACAAAAAAAAAAACUAAAGUCCAAAUGCCUUACGAAUAUUGUCUUGAGCUAUCUUGAGACAAAAACAUGCCGUGAACUGGAAAGAUAAUGAAGGAAUUAGGCCUAUAUUGUGGACCGUUUUAGUGACAGGGUUUUAAAUAGUGGAAAUAACCAAUUUGGUGUGAAAAGGAGCAUUUUUUUUCAUUUAAGUAGGAUGAAAAAUACUGCACAUAUAUAAUUUGCUACAAUGGGUUUUUGCAAUCAUUUUCACCAGAAUACAGAGAUAGCAAGGUUUUAUUAGAAAUGUUGUUUUUGUUUGCAUGUUCUAAGUGCUAUGUUGCAUAUUUAUCUUUAUUUUGUUAUGUUUGAGACAAUACUGUCAUGUUUGCUUUUGCAUUUUUUUUUUUGCAUGAUUGUUUUGCAGCAUGACUAUUUUGUAUUGUUUUAAUAAAUUAUUUUAAAUCCCACUUUCAUGUUUUACAUUUUUUUUUUUUUAAUUCAUGGUUAAAAAAAUGAAUGCUUGAUUUGUCAAAGUGAUGUGAUUUCAAGUCUGACUAGUUCAUGGAUGUAUUUAUAAACAUAUCUGUAAUUGUGUCACUUUUAAACUGACCAAAAACCUGGGUUUGAGGGGGUGAAUGUUUUUCUCUUCGCGCUGCAUGGUGGGCUAUGCAUUCACAAAUGCAACAUCAUUUAAAAAUUGAAAAUACUGGUAGAACUUGCAUUUUGUCAUUGAAUAUUUCUAACACCAAACAAUCCCAACACCCUAUUCUAGGAUUCAGUUGUUAAAUGCUGCAAUCAUUAUUUUGGUACUGUUAUUCUCUGUAUGUUCAAGAAACAACUGUAGAUGUAAAUAUUUCUUGCUCCAAGUUGUUGGUCACUUUCUCAGGUCCAGUGGACAAACGUUUCAGCACAUGUUUUAGUGGAGACAUCAUCUGAAAUGGUUGUCUGCUUGCGUUUUAUCAGAAUUAUUUUGUUUGUCUCAAACUAAAAAGAAAAGCUUUAUACACUUAAUGUACAUCAUUGUCACACAUAUAAAUGUUUUACUUUGCAAUAUUCUACGCUUCCUGUUCCUUAAUUAAUUAGACUUUGCUGUGCCAAUAAAAUGGUCUCCCUGUUUUCAAAUUAAUGGAGAGCUUUGAAGUAUAGAUCAUUUCCUUUUUGAUGUGUACUUUCACUUUGCAGCUCCACAGAUUAUUGAUUCAAGUCAGAAGUUGCAAGGGGUUGUUAGGAUUAUGAAUUGUUUAACUCCUCAAUUGAAUGUUUCUAUAUUAGUAAGAUUCAAUCAGUUUCUCGAAGGAAUCAGAUAUUCAGUUUGCCAGGCAACAGAUACCGACUUUUAUUACUGCCACAGCACAGUUAAUAUGUAUUGAGUAAAACUUUUAUCCAGUAUUGAAGGCAGCAGCAUAAUGGGAACAGUGUAGCUUUUCAGUUUUUCCCUUGGCCUGUUAAAUCUUAGCUAGCAUCACUUUGCAUUUGCAGGCUUCAACUUGCGCUGGCUCUGUUUUUCAUACUAUUUGCUCUCCGCACCAGCAUCUGCAUGCUUUGAGUUCUGUAUCAGCCCAUCCUAUCAUAGAUGGACAAAACACUAGAAAUCAUCAUGUAUUAGGAAUGAUGCCGAAUCAAAAACAAAGGGGGGGAUUUCAUUUUUGUACAAAAAAAAAAUAAUAAUCUCCAAUGUCCCUAAUCUAUAAUAGCUACACUACUUAAUUUUUGGACAUCAUUUUCAAGUCAAAUGGGGUUGAACCCUAGUAAAAAAAAAAACAUCAUUUUGGGGUUAGAAGUCAGACCUUAUUGUUUUAACCCCUAAAUCAGAACCCCUGACUAAAUUAAAAAAAAAAUAAGAUAACUUAACUGGGGGGCUCACUGUAGAAAGAAGUCUUAGUCUUAAUAUAGGCUUAGCUGCAUUUAAUUAAAAUAAUACAACUAGGUGGGUUAACCAGAACAUUCAAGAUACAGUACAAACCGGAGAGGGUUCAGGUAAACCAGGGAAAACAAAACCAGUUUGAGUCUGUGUGCACCUGGUGACCCUGAUUUUACCUUUAUUCCCUUGUUGUCUGUGGGUAGCUCCUCUGUCUUCCUCUGUCUUCGUGCAUUGUGUUCUGUAAUCCUUCCAUUUUGGCUUCUGUGCGAUUAACAAAUGUAUGUGCUCUGCUUUGCUGAAUCAAAUGCUUUCCUGAAUCAACUAACACAGGUGUGACAUUUUAACCUGUAAAAUACGUAUUGCAUGUUAUAUUUCAAUGUGGUGGCUAAAGAAUGUAAAUUAAGCAAACUGUCCUUGGGAAAUAUUUUCUGUGGGUUCUGCUCCCUAAAUACAAGCUUGAAAAAAUAUACUCGUCAAAAAAAAGAUUUUAAUCAAUUUAAUUAUUAUUUUAAGGCGUUUUAUAUUAACAUUUUAAAUAUUAAAUCAUAUAUAUAUAUAUAUAUAAUAUAUAAUUUUUUUAAACUAUUCCAGACUGUUGGUUUUAUUUACCAAUUUGAGAAAAUCUCUUGAAUACGAAAGUAUUUUAAUAACUCGUAGUUGCAUCUUUCCAAUCAGUUAUUUUUAGCUCUAAAGGUUUUAGAAUGAUUAACAUUCAAGUCCUUCAUUGGCUUUGACAUUUGGAGACACUUCAAGGCCAUAGUCUGUCUAUAGUAAAUCUAGUUGUAAAUUGCAUCUCCAAUUCUGAACCUAAACGCUUAGGUUCAGAGCGUUCAUGUGUAUUUCCCAGGACAGUUCCCUUAAUAGUCGACUGUGCUAUUGCAGUAUGAAUUCAGUUGUUAUGGGGCAGGUAACUGCUCACUUAGAGUGAUUUGGUGUAGGUAUGGAAUACCAGAAUUAUCUUAACCAAUGUAAAGGUGUCCACUGUAAUUGGGGAAAUUUAAAUAAUACAUCAAAAAUGGACUGGCACAGUAAGUUGCAGAGAUCGCCGUAGUUCUAUAUAAUAAUUGUUUUUUGCAUGGUGAAUGUUUGUUUGGUUUUUUUUACAAUUGCUUGUUCUAUAUUUAAACAAGUUCUGCUGCAGGCUUGGUUUACACUUCCUACCACUACCUCCAGUCUGAGUCAUGAAGUGUUAUAUUAUGAAAUGAAUGGGUUUGAUCCCAUUGCCACCUUCCCACAAGGAUGUUUUUACAAGUUGCAGCUUAAUUAUUUAGUUCCCUAUAUUGUUGUAGAGUAGACUACAGGAUAAUAAAUGCACUCAACACGAGGUAUACUUCUGUUCUUCUAGCAGGGUAGUAUUGGGGGUAUUAUAAUGCUAAAGGGUGUUCUCUGUUUCCACUGUCAUCAGGUUAUUAAUAUUUGUUAUGCAUCUUCAAUAUUGAUAUUGGUGUCUGUCAUAAGGAUAUAUACUCUAAAUAAUACAGACUUGGGUACCAAUACUAUACAGGGAAAGUACCAAAGUGGUAAAUAUGAUUUGGUAAAUAUAUCAAAUGAAUAUUGCAGAUACCUAAGCUUACAGAUUGAGGGAGAUUUGCUGUAACAUCUGCCCCUGAACAACUGGUAUCUCCCUAAUUAAGAAAAGCAAAUAAAUCUCCUCUGAGAAAAAUGGGUCCCAUCGAAUGUAUGUUCAUGAGUCAAAUAACCAUGUCUCAGUUUACUGCGUAUUUGUGACUCGUGCAGCAUAGUGGUGGCUGUCAUGAGACUAUAGAUGUGGAUCUCCAUGUGACUGGCUCUCAACAGGUUCACACAGUACAAGCUGAUUUAUUGCACUGCUUUUUGAAGCACCAGCAGUCUCUUGAAACCUCUUUCUUCUUUGAUGUUAUUGCACUGUGAACAUCUUAAACAAGGACACCUACUGCCACCAAGUGGUGGUUUGAAAUAAGCACUGUUAAAGUUUAUUCAUUUGAAAUUAGCACAGAGUAUUAUAGAAUUGCAACUUAAAAUAAAGAAAACAAAGCUGUUUGCAAUUAAAAAGCAGUAUGUGUCUCUUCUACUUUCACCAUUUGCUUUAUUUUGUCACAAAACGCAAGGCGCAAUGCAUUCAUCAGUAAAGUUGUAUUUACUUUCAGCCAAAGAUAAAGGUUGUUGUUGUUGUUGUUGUUAUUAUUAUUAUUAUUAUUAUUAUUAUUAUUAUUAUUAUUAAUUACUGUAGUCAUUUAGAAGACGCUUUUAUCCAAAGUGACUUACAGAGACUAUGGGGAGAACUAUGCAUCACAACUGCUGCUGCAGAUUCAGUUACAGGCUAGCUGUAUGGGCCUCACCCUUAAGGGGUACAUACAAAAGAUGUUCCUUUUUUUAACAUGGCAAGUACCAUAUUGUACUAGUGAAAGGGUUAGUUGAACUAAAACUAACAUUGUAAAGUACUUGACUGUGUGUAUUUCAUGGUAGAGCACACACAGAAUGGUGGUUAACCGUGCUGGUAGUUUAUUUGAAGUGUCUUUAACAUACACAAUAGUAGUUUGCGAUGAUGUGUAGUUAUUUAAAUAAUGAUUUGUACAGUUGUGUGGUGAUAAUAAUGUAUUUCGCACCAGAGGUGCUGUUAAGAAUUAUUAUUAUUAUUGUUUUAAUGUUUAGGGAAAAUAAAUAAAUUGUUAAGCAUAAUGAUAAGAAUGUGUUUCAUUAGUCACCUUCUGUGUGUAACUUCCAUUUUUUACUGGUGUGUCCUAUAUAAUAAAUCCUGUGAAAUAUUAUUCAACCACUGAAGAUUUACAAAAUUGUUUGGAAAUAUUUGGAAACAACGUUGUCACUGACCCUGUUCAUAGAGUACAGAGUUAAAAAUCAAGAUAACUGGCAAGCAUAGAGCUGAGUUUAAGAGGGCUGCACAAAGACGGUCUUGAAGGUGUUGUCAUGUCAACUUUCCUCCUUUUUAAAUUCUUUUUUUUUUUU